AUGCAAUUCAAAUACUUGACCCCAAUUGCCUUCGCUGCUUCAGCCCUUGCCGGCUACUCUAACGGAACCAUUUCCACCAUCUCGUACUCCACGACUAUCGCCGAGGUUGUCACCGAGUACACCACCUACUGCCCAGAGGCCACCACCAUCGUCACCAACGGUAAGACCUACACUGCCACCGGUCCUACUACUUUGACCAUCACCGACUGCCCAUGCACUCUGUCCAAGACUAUCCUCACCUCUUCCGUGACUACCUGCCCACCAUCUGACACCACAGAGACCUCUUUGGUUACAUCCACCUCCAAGGGUGUUUCCGAGACGACUCUCAUCACCAAGCCUGCCCACGGAACCACCACCACUGCUCCAGUUGUUCCAGGUACAACCACGGCUCCAGUUCCAGCUGUUGAGUCCGAAUCCUCCACUUCUGUUACCCCAACUGUCCCAGCCGUCACCCCAGCAACUGGUGGUGCCGCCAAGGCCGGUUCCGUUGGUUUCGCUGCCGUUGCUGCCGCUGCCGCCUACUUGUUGUAA